UCGCUCGACGGUCGCGGGAGGCGGACGUACGAAGCCGGUGCGGGAGCUCCCUUGGCUUGUGUGUGUGGAUGUGUGCGCUCGCCCGUUGAGGUUCGGAUAAAGUUCGUGUUAUAUCUCUGCCAAGGGGGGGAGUUCCUUCUCGCCUUCGAGGAUAUCUACGAGUGAUGGUGUCCUGCGGGAGAUGAUAUACGGAAGAGUCUGUCGUUUUAAGUGCUAGAAGAAAGAGAGAGAGACAGGAUCAACGGAGAGAAGAGACGAGAGAGAGAGAGAGAUGACCGCCGUUCCUGUAGUAGAAGGUUAGUGUCGGAGUGACCGCGGUAAGGUCGGGAGCUUCGUAGUGUGUGGCAUGAUGCGGCUGUGCUGCCUCGGUCGACGCCCAGGGGGUCGGCGCGCCCUGGUGGGUCUCAUCACGGGGGCGGCGCUGUCCCUCCUGGCGCUGGCCCUCACGCCGCACCCCGCGCCCUUCUCCCCCCGCUCCCCGCCGCACGUCCUCCGCAGAAUUCAUCAGGAGGAGGACGACUACACGGCUCCGAAGCCCUUGGCGGCGGGGCCCUCGGCGGGCGGAGGCACCUUCCGGGGGGAACUGCCACCAGAGGAUACCCCGAGGGGUGUCCCCGCGGAGACCCCUGCUGCGGCAGCCCCAGGGGCGGCCCCGAGGGCGUUCAACCUGCCCGUGCUGGAGCAUCCGGAGGCUGGCGGAGAUGCGCAGGACACCGGCAUAGGCCACGUGCAAGAGGUGCGGGCGGGCGGGGAGCGCCACCAGAAAGCGCCUGCCGUGGGUGGCACCGGCGCUCAGGACCCCGUGGCACGGUUUGCGCAGGAUGCCAUGGACGUGCCCCGUACCAAGGAGAAGGCAGCAGAUCAUGUCAUGAAAGCACAGGAGACCGCCCUGACAGCCCUGCAACAUGGCUACAAACUAACGGCAGGACAAAAGAAGCUGAUAGAACGCAUGUCACCGAAGGAGAAGAAGGAUAUGGAACAACGAGUUACGAAGUUACGAGCUAUGCAAGAGAAGGCAUACAUCGAACAGUUACGAGCGAAGAACCAGGUGGUGACACGACCCGAUGGAGGCGAAGAGCUUAUCUCCACCCCUCAGAAGACUGUCCGAUUUCCUAUUUCGCUGAAGAAGACAAUGCCAGCAGCUUGGCUCCCACAGUAUAAAAUUUUCCAUAACUUGACCCACUACCCAUGGGCAAGCCACAGGGCCUGUGCCAACUACAGCAACUCCUUCAGACCACCAGAUUCCUUACCUACCAGAGCUCUUGCCUCUUUCCCAUCUUCAGGCAAUACUUGGAUUAGGUACUUGAUUGAGGGAGCAACAGGCAUCUUUACUGGAUCCCUUUAUGAUGACAGCUCACUGAUAAGAAAAGGGAUGUAUGGUGAAGGUGUCAUGUACAACUCUGGCAUGACAAUUCUGCAGAAAAGCCAUGGAUACACAACAGGAGAUGCUAUGAAACUACCACAUGAACAAAGGAUAAACCAGAAUCACAUGGAGGAGUUGAGUCAUCAGGGUGUGUUGAUAAUCCGCAAUCCGUUCAAAGCUCUCAUCUCCCACCGGCACUUGGAUGUCGGUGGCCAUACAGGUUAUGCUCCCAAGGCACACUUUGUUGGCAAAGGUUGGGCAGAAUUUGUUUCAUUGAAAAUUCAGCUGUGGAAAGAUUUCUAUAUGGACUGGCUGACAAAUAGCGAACCAAAGGAUAUUCACAUAAUACAUUACGAGCACCUCAAGCAGAACCCAGUGGAAGAAAUGCGUAAAGUAAUAGAGUACUUAAAACUUGAAGAGAACAAUGAUCGUCUCUACUGUCUUGGUCAGCACACUGAUGGUCUUUUUAAGAGGAAACCAUCCAAAAAUGUGCCCUUAGACCUAAACCCCUAUACCCGUGAACUGAAAGAUCUCAUCUAUGAAGCCAUCGAUGAAAUGAAUAAUGUCCUUCAAGAAAAGGGCAAAGAACAGCUACCCCUUGAUAUCUAUGAACUUUAUGAUCGUCAUGAGGCUGAAGUUGCAAGGUACCUUAGAGCGCAUUCAAAAAAUAGUGGAGAUCAUACUGAGAUGUGGAACCAACUCUACAGGAAAACUUAAGUUGGAAUUACGUUUCAUUUUGGAAAUCAGAUCUGGAAAUAUUCUGAAGGAAAAUCUCUUUAUUUUACCUUUUUUUUUUCUUAUAAAGAGAGAAUUUACUUUGUUUUAUAUGGAUGAUAAACAUCCAAUUACAGAUAUCAUAGAAAGGUUAGGAGAGUUUUAUUAUGGUUUUCUUACCUCACAUAACCAGCUCAAAAUAGGAUGGUUUCCAGAAAACUGAUUAUUACUUUCUCAUUAUAUAAGUAACAAUAUCUCUAGGCCAUAAUUCAUGAAUAACUUUUGAAUUACUUGUGCAAUUUCUGCAUUCCUGUGUGGAUGAAUCUAUUACAUUAAUUUGUAAUUAUUUAACUAGUCUGCUCUUCAAAGUAAUACAGUAUGAGUUACUGUCUCACUCCAUUAUGAAAUAGUGGUGCUGUCUCUAAGACACACCUGACAUGAAAAAAAAAUCCUGUUUGAAAAAGUGGGGAAAACAAAAACAAAAAAAAACAAAAAAAAGUUUUCUCUAGAUCAGUGCAUUAAUGUCAGCAAAUCCAGUGAGUUCCAAGAUAUCUUUACCUCCCGUUGUGCUGUGUUACCUCCAGGUGUGUGUGGCAUGAACCUACCAAAAGUGCCUUGCCGUGCACCACAAGGGAUGUUGUACUGGCUUGAUGGAUCUUUGUGUGGAUCUACAUACCAGGCAUUUCCUUUUGAAGUGAUAAAAAUGUACAUAAUUCUAUGAUACUGUACCGUUUCUUCGGUUUCUUGUCAUACAUUCAGAUUGCAUCAUAACAGUUCAUCUGUCCUUUACACAUUACCACAAAAUUGUGAUAUCAUACAUGUAAACAGUUCCAUUUUGUUUUUUGGACUUUUAUGAAUUAUAAGUGAAUUUAUGAAUUUUGAAGGGAAAAGAGGUUUAGGUGGUUAAUACUAGUUUUCAGUUUCACUUUUCUUGUCACUUUUGCAUACUCACUGUGUCUUUCUUCAGUUUGUAUUAAUUUGCUCUAUUCUAUUCAAUUCCAUACUGUUAUAUUUACUAUUUGCUGUUUUCAUUUAGUUUUAUAAAGUAUUGUUUAAAUUCUUAACUCUGUUACAUUGCAUAGAAGAAUGUGGUUAUUUUUUAUUUUUUUUUUUUUACCAUUUUUUAUUGUCUUAUUUAAUUUUCUUAGACUGGUGCUGUUAUAAGCUUUGAAAGAUAAAUAGUAAAUAAAAAAUAGGGAUUGAUGCUUAAUUCCAUGUUUUAACUGCAAAAUACUUUUGAAAUAAAUCAAUUUCAUAUAAAAAUGUACCAGAAAAGGUUUAAUAGACAUGACAUUUAUUAUUAAUAUAUAAUUUAUUCAACUAAUGCUGUGUUGUGAACCAUAUUGGUCUAUCAAAAUUUCAACUACAAUUAAAGUUGUUGCCACCAUCAUGAUUUUGUAUGUUAUAUUAAUUAAUGGAAAGGCAUAUUCAGAUAAGAGGGUCUAAUUGGCAGGCAUACUUGAAGUCACAUUAGAGGUGGGCAAACUAGUCACAAACCAGUGGCUUAGUUGCCUGCCAAUUAUAUCACUUCUUCGACAUGCCUGCUGAUAAGGUCCACUUACCUGAAGAUGUCUGAAGGACCCAUUCACAAGACAGGUAGUGCUUGCACAGGCAAAACCAAUACCAAACUCUAAUGGCUUCCAGGAAUGAGUACUGAUGUCAAAAGUUAGAAACUCAUGGGCUUGGACCUGGAAACGAAAAUGUUACCUGACCAAUUGAAUCCUGUGCACCCAGAGGUAAAGCACACUUAUGUGUGCCCAAUGGCAGACAAUCAAGUUUGGGACUUGGUGUUAUGCAUUUCAUGUUAAACAGUGGGCAUGGCCAUUUGUAUGACUUGCCUGUGGUUUCUCUGCUUAUCCAGUCUUGGAUUAAGAUCUGGUAGCCAUUGAGAUUUGGUAACAAUGGUUGCCCUAUGGACGCUACCUCGUUUUGUGAACGGGCCUUAAAAGUUGCUUUCUGUACAAAGGAAAAGUCAUUCUCUUGACUCCUAUCUAAGUACAGAAGUGAAACAUUUACAUACAUUUACACUUCAAGGAUUCUAGAUAAAUUUGUGAUCUAUAAAAGAGCAUUUCAUUUCACUCUUGAUAACUUCCAUCUACACUGCAUCUACUACCAUUUCCCCUUAGCAAAACUGUUUAAUAUUAAUUUCACACUCAUAUUUGUCAUUACAGAGUCAUGAUCAUCCUACAGCACUUACAGCAGGCUAAAGAAUUGGCCUGUUGGAGUACAUUUGUCAAUAUUACAUAAUCAUUCACAUUUUUGCAUGUGUAUAUAUUAUACUGUAACUGUUUAAGCUUUCCUUGUGAAUAAAAUGAAUAUAAAUUUA